AAGCCGAGCCGCGGUCUGUGGGGGCGGCAACAAAGGGCGGCUGCUGGCCGUGACCGGUUCUCGUGGAGCUCCCCUCAGGCCGCGCGCCCUGGUCUCUGCCCGUCCGGCUCCAGAUGAAGUGUGAGCACUGCACGCGGAAGGAAUGUAGUAAAAAAACAAAAACCGAUGACCAAGAGAAGGCGUCAGUGGAUGUACCGAGUCCAGCCCGGGAAGGUGGAGAGAAGGGAGAAUUCCAUAAAUUGGCUGAUGCCAAGAUAUUUCUGAGUGACUGCCUGGCAUGUGACAGCUGUGUGACUGCCGACGAAGGAGUCCGGGUUUCCCAGCAGAAUGCAAAGGACUUCUUUCGCAUUCUCAACCUUAACAAGACAUGUGACACCUCGAAGCACAAGGUGCUGGCAGUGUCUGUGUGUCCUCAGUCUCUGCCCUAUUUUGCUGCUAAAUUCAACCUCAGUGUGAUCGAUGCAUCCAGAAGACUCUGUGGAUUCCUCAAAAGUCUUGGGGUGCACUAUGUCUUUGAUACAACGGCAGCCGCGGAUUUCAGCAUCCUGGAGAGUCAGAAGGAGUUUGUGCGCCGGUACCGCCAGCACACCGAGGAGAAGCCGGCGCUGCCGAUGCUGACCUCCGCCUGUCCCGGCUGGGUCCGAUAUGCUGAGCGGGUGCUGGGUCACCCUGUCACCCCCCAUCUCUGCACCGCCAAGUCUCCCCAGCAGAUCAUGGGCUCUCUGGUGAAGGAUUACUUCGCCAGGCGGCAGAACCUGUCCCCAGACAAGAUUUUCCAUGUCAUCGUGGCCCCUUGCUAUGACAGGAAACUGGAGGCGCUCGGAGGGGAUCCCCCCACAGCCCUGCAUGGGUCCCGUAGUGCCGACUGUGUGUUGACCUCAGGCGAAGUUGUUCGAAUAAUGGAGCAAAGUGACCUUGUGGUGAAGGACGCUGCUGUGGACUCUCUGUUUGGAGAUCUGGAGGAGGGGGCAGUGAGGCGUCACGACGGGGCAAGCUCCGACGGGUACCUGGCUCACAUCUUCCGACAUGCAGCCAAGGAGCUAUUCAGCGAGGACGUGGGCGAGGUCACCUACCGCGCCCUGAGGAACAAAGACUUCCAGGAGGUCACCCUUGAAAGGGAUGGGGAGGUUCUCUUACGCUUCGCUGCUGCCUAUGGCUUCCGGAACAUCCAGAACAUGGUCCUCAAGCUGAAGAAGGGCAGGUUCCCGCACCACUUUGUGGAAGUCCUCGCCUGUGCUGGGGGAUGCUUAAACGGCAGAGGCCAGGCCCAGGGCGAGGACGGGCGCACGGACAGGGCUCUGCUGAAGCAGAUGGAAGGCAUCUACGCCGACAUCCCUGUGCGGCUCCCCGAGUCCAGCAGCCACGUGCAGGAGCUGUACCAGGAGUGGCUGGAGGGGGCCGACUCCCUCAGAGUCGAGGAAGCCCUGCACACCAAGCGCCAGGGCCCAGGGCAUCCUGCCAACAGCCGAGACAUCAAGUGGUGACGGUGCCAUGGCAGGGUCAGGGGGCAGGCCUGCUAGCAGCCUGAGGAGACACCGAGCAACUGCCAGCUUCCAUUCCUUUGGUUUCCCAGAAUCCUCUGCCCCCGUGGCUCCCUCCUACAGCCUCAUGGCGCUUUCUUUGUCACAGGUGUGAGAUUGGAGUAUUUUAACAAGAGGAUUGCUCCAGUUUAAGUAUCCUUUUAUUCUAAGACGGAAAAAUCCUGAAGAACAAGAAUGGAGAUAGACUACUGUCUCUUAGGCUUAAAAACAAAUCCAAAAAGUGUCCUGUGAAUCACUGAGUCCCACCAGUUCUGACUCAUGUGCCUCAGAGGUUUGGUGAAUAAACAGCAACCUUUUGGAA